CAAUAAUAAUACAAUACCACACUCUCGAUCAGUCCUCACAAAUUGCAUCCAUCGUUUCCAAACAAAAACAAAAUUGAAGCAAGUAAGUUAGUUAGUCAGUCAGUCAGUCAGUUAGUUACAGCGUAGUUUUUCUUCUUGGUGCAUAAAGCCAAUGGGUACAGCCUUGAAAAGCGCCGGUCCGAAAAGCAACACGCCCGUGGACGUUUUCCUUUUUGAGGGCUCUGCAUUGUAUUGGAAGGGACUGAUCCUCGGCUCUUUGGCUACUUGGCUACUUGGCUGGUUGAUUGGUUGAUUGGUUGAUUGGUUGGUUGAUUGGUUGAUUGGUUGAUUGAUUAAAUGAUUGAUGGAUUCCUAACACACUUUUACUUUGUGGCUUGGGUUCCGUUGCACUCGACUGUCUUGGUUGUAGAUCCAACAGAGAAAGAGAAAGACAAGAAUGGAAUCACCACUACUUAGCUGCAGCACCAAGAGUGUCAUUGCUGCCUUGCUUUGGCUUUCGUACAUGGCUGGUUACGCUGGCGCUGCUUCCGCCUCUAUGCACGUCCAUGCCCGCAACAACACCGGCAGCCACAACGAAAACAACUAUAGCCACCUGAGAAGCGCAAGCUCCCCGAACAACGCUCCCUCGCCCGCCGAUGACCAKGGCAGCAGCCAGCUAAACGAGCUCAAGGAAAUCGUCUUGUUCUUGUCCGAAAAGAUGGACGAUGCCGAUCUCCGAAUCAGAUCCCUGGAACAAAAGAUCAAGGGACAAGAAUCCGUCAUCGAAACCCUGAAGACGGAAGUGAGCGAGGCCACCAGCUUCCACCGAUCUCUKCARAGCARCAGCAACGACUGCGCGCCAAAGUUCCGCCUGACUCCCUUCGGUCCGCGCUGCGACUUCCAGUACGUGACGCGGUUCCAGAACAAGACCUUCUUCAACGACGACGCCGUCUUCAACGAAAACGUGGAGUUCGACUCGGAUUCGAACUGCAUGCCCGUCUUCAACUCGACGACCARGAUGUGCAGCUACAACAACAACAUCACCUUUUCCGACGGUGACAUCAACUUCGACCGCGACGUYCGGUUCAGCGACACGGUCAAGUUCGACGACAACGCCUCCUUCCGGGACCACGUCGAGAUGAGAAGCGACGUCGACUUCAACGGCAGCCGUGGAAAGGUGAAUUUCUACAAGGACGUCAAGUUCACCGAGGACGUCCUCAUGAAGAACGACGACCACGACAUCGAAUUGAGACUCGAGGACAAGGUCAAGGCUAGGUUCUACCAGGACAGAUCYAUCGAGAUAGAUACCCACACGAACUUCUACCAGGACGUGGAUAUGAAGAAGAACCUCGAAGUCGACGAAAAACUCCGAGUAAAGAAGAAGUCCACGCUCGAUGACCUGGAACUCUACGGCUACCUGUGGGUCGAUGGGUACACGAAACUGGAGAAUACACUGGAGGUAAAGAARCAGUGCACCAUGAAGGACAAGGUGAAGAUCGAAUCGGGAGGAUUGGAGGUCACCCAGCACGGAGCMUCGAUCAGCGGCACCACAAAACUGACCGGAAUACUCAACCUUUAUGGAAACGGAUUUGUCAACCAAGACUUUACCGUAGACCAAAAGUUCCAGGCYAGUUCGGUUCUGAUCCAGCCAACCAAUGCUCUUCAGAGAAAUCUUCAGUUCCAGCCCGCACCGKUGCCGGCACCGGCGCCCCUUUUGCAGGUGCGYGGCAACGCRAAGAUCAACGGCGAGCUCGUCGCAGACAAGAUMCGAAGCGACGACAUCAACGGAGACAUCGACGUCAUGGAUAUCUACAACAAGAUCAAGGUCGAAAUGCGAGACGAUACGGUGGUCUUUGGAGACGUGCGCAUCAAAARCAGCUUUAGCUCGGAACAGGUCCUUACCGGAACCCGCAUGAYGGACCAGAUGCGAUCCGCKAMCCUGAGGGUGGCGAAACUCRUCRCAAACGAAGCCGAGGUCGGUGGCCAAGACAUCUCGGGUUCCGGCGGUUCCAUGACUGGCAACGAAAUCGUCGAAAAACUCAAAGGAAAGUCUCUGGUAGACCUGUUGUCGGUCGAGAGCUUAACGAUGUCCGCCAACUCAGCUACUAUUGGCGGUAAGGAAAUUACACCAGAGGGUAUACCAGCCGAUCUCGAUGAUGUUGUGACAAGACUCCAGCUUUACGAAGGCGAGAUCACGCUUCCGUACUUGAGCGCACACCGCCUCAACAUGUACAAUAUUAUACAGCCACCGCCUGUGCAGAAUAUUAUUCCYGCGAAAAUCUUGGUCGACGGCGUCGAUGUUGCACUGCAAACCGAUAUCGAAGAACUCGACAGAAAGAUUGAUGCUCUCGACACUUCUUCUUCAGUCAGCGUAACGAACACAGGCAUGACACAGGAUGAAAUCGUCGGUGUCUUGGCUGGAGCAUCCCUUUCUUUGAACUCUUUGGAUGCCUCUUCCAUUUCGAAAUCUAGUGCGGAACUAGCAACCAUCGGCGAAGUGAACCAAAUGGUUAGCGAUGCCUAUGUCCCUAGGGACAGUGCUGCUACGUCUUGUACGUGCGAUAGCGCCUCGAUCGAAGACUCGAUUCUCUCCAAGAUUGACGCAAGUUAUGUCGAGGACCUGGGUUUCGUAACCAACACCGACAUUUCCGUGCUUGAUCUUGGUGGCGGUGGCGAUUGCACCUGCUCACAAAGCGACGUCCAAGCGUUCAUCGACCAGCCGUUCCUCGAAGCACUCGGUGUUUCCUUUGGCUCUGGUGAACCACAGGGCUGUGGGUGUGCGGCGGAAGACAUUCAGAACGCCGUUGAUGCCGGUUACAUCCAAGGUGUAUUGGACAACCUUGGUAUCUCGGGUGGUGGAGGAGASGCCACCUGCACGUGUUCAGCCGACGACGUCAGAGCCGUGGUGGACUACAAUUAUGUCUCCGAUCUUGGUUUCUCGGCCGAAGCGUCCGAGUGCACCUGCGAUGUCGAAGGAAUUGUCACGAAGGACUACAUUUCCGGUUUGGGCUUYCUUGACUCGUGUCCUUGUGAUGAUGUWUUCCAGUUCAAUCCUGAUGAGAGAUAAAUGGCAAUGAAGAGUGUUCGUAUAUUGGCUCUAUUUGGUAUGAAAUCUUCAUUUAAAGUUUCGUUUUGGGACUUACAAUCUAAACGUCGAUUCUCAAACGCGUUUGAAGACCGAGAGAGAAAACUUAUAUACAAUGUAG